GAUAUUAAAGUGACUGAAGCCGAACAGAGUCGUGACCUCUCGGUGACCUCUGACGUGAAAAUGUGGCUCUGUGAUUGGCUGAGCGGGCUUACUUGCGGACAUGUGAAGAUGGCGGCAACGGUGCUGCUGCUCGUGCUCCUGCUCUCUGGGUUCGGGUCCGGGUCCGGGUCCGGGCCGGACUCUGAGCGUGGCAGGAUGGAGCUGCGGCGCGUGCAGAGCCUCGCCGCUCAGCCCAGGUAUGGAGAGUGUUGGGCGCGAGCUCUGGAGCACCUGGACACGCGCUGCAGGGACCUGACGUCAGAGAGCCAGAGCCGGAUCGCGUUGGGCUUCACCAUGUGCCACCUGAGCAGUUCUGCUCUCUGCCAGCUCAGGCAGGGAUUUCCCAUCAUGCCCUGAGGGGUCAGAGGUCAGCAGGUGUACAGGCGCUAUGGACGCCAUCGCCUUUAACGCCUACACCGAGUUCUUCACCCACACGCACUCCAUCUGCCACCACUUGCAGUCUGAAGCCUGGCAGAGCCAAGCGGAGGACACCAUGUACAGGUUAACAGAGAGUUCAGCAGGUGUCGCUGAGCAGCUUCAGUCCACCAGGCAGAUGGCUGCGGAGCUCAUUGAUGCCCAGAGUGCUGCCUUACAGGCCCAACAGGAGAUCCUGAACAAUGGCGAGGAGCUGCGAGUCACCCUGAGAGACUCGACCCAGGGUCUGCGGGCGGUGUUCUCGGAGCUCAGCAGUGUCUCCAGGGCGCAGCAGGUGGCGCUGUCUGAACUCUUCAACAGAGUUUCCUUCCUGCAGAGUUUCCUGCUGACGGAGGCGACGUGUCUGAGCUCCAUCUGCUACAACGCUGCUGCUCUGUGCACUUCCUACCUGCUCACCUCCACCCAACGCUCCUCCAGAGCCAGGUUGGGCUUGUUGGCUCAGGUGUGUUUGAACUUCUACCUGGAGAGGAGGAUCUGUCAGUUUGUGCUGAGCUCUGAUCAUCCUGACCACAAACAUGCAGAGCUCAUCAGUGUGUACGUGAGUGUGUUGCGGAGGUUCAUGGUGUGUGUCGGAGUGUGUGUUUUGCUGUGUGUGUGUGUUCGGUACAGAGAUCCAGUGCAGCAGAACCUGGAGGUCCUGCAGCAGCUCAGAGAGACUCAGAGAGGCCUGCAGGAGGCGCUGCAGCACACAGAGCGUUUCAGGCAGCAGACAGAGAAUCAGCUGCGUGUGAAGAGGAAAUCAGAGUGCAGAAGAAGAGUGGAGACACCCAGACGGAGGAGGGAGAGAACCAGAGAAGAACAACAACAAGAGGCAGAGGAGUCUUCACCCACAGACGGCUCAAACCUGUCUCACCUCUCCCAGAUCGCUCAAGACCUGUCUGACCUGUCACACGCCGGUCAGCACCUGUCUGACCUGUCACACGUUGCUCAGCACCUGUCUGACCUGUCACACGCCGGUCAGCACCUGUCUGACCUGUCACACGCCGGUCAGCACCUGUCUGACCUGUCACACGUUGCUCAGCACCUGUCUGACCUGUCACACGUUGCUCAGCACCUGUCUGACCUGUCACACGCCGGCUGGAGAUCAGACAGUCUUCUCAGCAGCACAGUGAUGAGCUCCUCAGCUGACAUCACCCUGCGGUCCGGCAUUACCCACAAUGCCUCAGUGCAAACCACGCCAGGCGGGCGUCCCCGUGGCUCCUCCCCCUCCCCUCUGGUCUACAGCGUCCUGGUGGAGGACAAACAGCCUCGUUACAGCCUGCGGAGCAGAAGAUCAGAGACUCAUUGAUCAUCUUCAUCUUCCUGUUUGUUUUAAACAAAUUUGAAUAUCAAUAAAACUGAAUUUUACCUUGAAA